UAGGCUCCUGCUUUCGAGCCGCCAGCACCGAUCGAUUCUCCUCUAAUCGUUUACAAUCGUUAUUACAACACCGUUACUCAUCUUCGAAAUUUAUCUCGCAGCGAAUAUUUUCCGCGAACGAGAGUUCAAACGAGAGUUCAAAACUUCGUAUCGUUUGAAAUUACCUCAGUUUCUUUUCAAUCGUCCGAGAAUUUUUAUCCCUCUUUUAUGUCUCUUUUUCAAUCCUCCAAUCUUUCAAACCAUUGUCACUGUCAUCCAAGAACAUUUGAAGAUAUUUUAAAACGCGUAUCUACGCCCGUCUAUUGCAGGCGUGUACUGAUACCAAGUACUAACUGUACUGCGGACCAAGUGCUAACUGACGUCUGUCAAAAGAGUCAAGUGUCUUCUCGGAUCUGACAAUCUCGACCAACCAACAAGAAACGAACGUGUGAAAAAUGCGAUCCUGGGAGAACUUAGCAUGCGGAAUUUUCCUCGUGGUGGUGACGAUCGUGAAUGGUAUGCCCGAUUAUUCGGGCCUGCCGACUGGCCCGUAUUGCGCCAGAAGAUAUCCAGGAUGUUGCCCGGAUCGCCAGGACGAUUGCAACGCACCGAUUCUCGGCAGUCUUUGUUACUGCGAUGAGUUUUGCGAUCGAUUCAGAGAGGAGGACUGUUGCCCCGAUUACUGGAGCCAUUGCAAGGGGAUCGAUACCAAUGUCACGGAGCCACCUCCUGAACCGAUAAAACGAUGCUACCACCAGGGAAAAUAUUACAACGAUGGCCAAGUAUUCAUGAUAAAUUGCAACGUGUGCAAAUGCACGGCUGUGUCCAGACUCGCCGAGGUGCUUUGCGAACAAAAUCGAUGCCUGCAAGAGCAAAGCCUAAUAGACGAAGUCAAUUCAAUGCCGUCUCUCGAUUGGAGGGCGCGAAAUUACUCGGAAUUUUGGGGUAAGAAAUUAUCGGAGGGUGUGCAACUUCGCCUAGGGACCCUAAACCCGUCGAACUCGGUUUACAGAAUGAACUCGGUGCGACGGAUUUAUGAUCCCGAAUCCCUGCCCCGAGAAUUCGAUGCCAGGACUCGUUGGCGGCGACAGAUUUCGGGCGUCGAGGAUCAAGGUUGGUGCGGCGCAUCGUGGGCGAUUUCUACGGCACAGGUGGCCUCGGACAGAUUUGCCGUGAUGAGCAAGGGUACCGACAGCGUUCUUCUAAGCGCGCAACAUUUGCUCUCGUGCAACAAAAAAGGCCAACGGGGUUGCGACGGCGGCUACUUGGACAGAGCUUGGCUGUUCUUGAGAAAAUUCGGGUUGGUCGACGAACAGUGUUAUCCGUGGAGAGGUGUGUACGAACAGUGCAGAUUGCAAAAGAGAACGAACUUGGAAGCUGCAGGCUGUCGUCCUGCGGCGAAUCCUCUUCGAAAGCAAUUGUACAAGGUCGGGCCGGCUUAUCGAUUGGGCAACGAGACCGAUAUCAUGAUAGAAAUUUUAACAUCGGGCCCCGUGCAAGCCACCAUGAAAGUUUAUCAAGACUUUUUCUCUUAUGAAUCGGGAAUAUACAAGCACACGCCGAUUGCCGAGCUUUAUGAAUCUGGUUAUCAUUCGGUUAGGAUUAUUGGAUGGGGAGAAGAUGUAUCCACGGUUAAUGGGUUGCCAAUUAAAUAUUGGCUGGUCGUUAACUCUUGGGGCCACCAAUGGGGCGAGAAUGGCUUGUUCCGAAUCCGAAGAGGUAUAAACGAAUGUGAUAUCGAGUCAUUCGUUGUUGCGGUAUGGGCAAAAACUGUCUAAGGAAAAGUACAAGAAUUAGGAUUAUUUGAAUAA